CUUCACAAAGCAAGACCUCUAGUCCUGCGAUGCGAUCUGUGUGCGCGACGAGCGAAGCACGAUUAAUUGGAAUAUGAGAAAUUGAGUCGUUGAGUACGUAGUUAUAAGACUUUCUUCGGUUGAGCGUUGACGGAGGAGGAGGAGUUAAGAGUAGUUGAGUGUCGAGAGGCUUGAUUUCAAUAGAAAAUUGGCAUGGAGGAGGAGGAUGUUCAAGCUGAGCCUGGAAAUACAGGGCAUCACAUCACCAAGCGGUACCGCAAGAACAAGUUUGCAGUUGCGGUAUUUGAUGAGAAAGCUCGCCAGGACUACCUGACUGGGUUCCGUAAGAGGAAGAACAAGAGGCGGAAAGUAGCAGCUCAGCAGAAUGAAAUAAAGGAAAGGCAGCGGCGGCUUCAGGAGAGGAAAGAAAUGAGAGAAGCAAAGAAAGCGGCUUUAUUAGAGCAGAAGCCAAAUCCAGAUGGAAAUGCCGAAGAGGGGAAUGAAACGGAAGCCGAAGAAUCUGAGAUUGCAGAAAAUGGAACCAUAAGAAUUGCUGAGACAACCACGUAUGACGAUGGGGAUUCGACCAUAGUGGUGACGACUUGUAGCUUAGAUCCUGAGGAUGAUCUUGAGAAACUUGAGGUUACACGGAAAUCCACCCAAAAGCCUAAGACCUUAUUAGGUAAGAGAGCGUCUGUGCCACUAGGCGCUACUCAGCCGAAGAAGGCGAAGUCAGUGAAUAAACCUAAAAAGGUUUUAUCCGAAAAACGAACAAAGAAGCUUACUAGGCGAGAGAAGUCAGUGCCGAAGAAUCAGAGAGCAAAGAAGGGUGGAAAAAGGAAAAAGAAGUAAUUGGCUUUAAUUUACAUAUAGCAUGCAAACACACUCGUGCUUUCAAGAGAAAGGUUUCAAGUAUUAUUUGGCACAGAUUAUAACGGAAUAUCUUCUUCCUAGGUCAAUUAGUUUGCUGCUAGAACAUUUUUGAGUGUUGACAUUAAUGUAUUAUGUUCCAUAUGAUAUGUACUUUGUAAUUGGAGAUCAAGUUCUAA